CUAGCUUGGAGCUUGCGGUGUAGACCAGGCUGCCCUAGAUCUUCCAAAGAUCCUCCUGCAUCUGCUUCGGGAUUGCUGGGCAUAAGGACAGGUGCUGCCAUGUCUGGAUUGAUGAGUGCCACGAUGGAGAACCAGCUGCACUACAUCAACCCAGCACAUGACAUCUCUCUGCUCAGUGCCCUCAAUGAGGCGCGCCUCAAGGGACAACUGUGUGACGUGCUCCUGAUUGUGGGGGACCAGAAGUUCUGUGCUCAUAAGAAUGUCUUGGCUGCCAGCAGCGAGUACUUCCGGAGUUUGUUCAUGAAUAAGGCAAACAAGUCGAAGACUAUCUUUCGGGUGGACUUCUGUGAGCCAUAUGUUUUUGAUAACAUGCUAAACUACAUCUAUUCCUCCUCCCUGUUUGUGGAGAAGGGCAGCGUUGCUGCUGUGCAGGAGCUGGGCUAUAGACUCGGCAUCUCCUUCCUGACCAACAUUGUUGCCAAAGCCCCACCCCCCUUUCCAGCAUGUCCCAAAAGAAAGAGAUUACCAGUAGAGGAUGAUAGAGAGACCAGCUCUCAAAAGGAAAGUGUCAUCGUGUGUCAGAACAGAAGUGCAGGGCAGGGGAAGGCCAGCGGUCCCGCUGCACCCAACCUCAGCCAUGCUGUCCGGCACUCACUGAGCAUCGCAGUCAACACCAUCACCAGCAAGGCACAGGUGGCCAAACCAGCAGAGCUGCAUCACAGCCUGCCCUUGCCUGAAAAGAGCUGGCCAAAAGACAGUGCUGCAGUGUAUGCAAAGUCCCUGGAGCAUCCUGUGGCUUUGGAUGAUCCUAGCAGGAGCAGUUUAGUAAAGAGAAAUGCAGACCUGCCCUCAAAGCCUCCACAAGAUGGAGAUGCCACGGCCUGUAAGCCAGGGCUUACAGGGGAGAGUGAUAAACUACCUCUCAAGAGACCAUGGCCACCUGUUCUGUCCCUUUGUAGCUCAUCAGAGACUCCUUAUCUCUUAAAGGAAACUAGCAAAAGAAGUGGUCAAGGGGAGGACAGGAACUUGUUGUACUAUUCCAAGCUGGGCUCAGUGGUUCCGUCCAGUGGACCUGCUUCUGCAAACAAGAGCAUUGACAGAAGUGGGCCACUUGUGAAGAGUCUCCUCAGGAGGUUCCUGUCUAUGGACAGCCAGGUUCCUGUGUACUCCCCCUCCAUAGACCUGAAGUCCUCCCAGGGAUCAUCCACAGUGGCUAACAAUACACCAGGUACUGUGUUCUGUGCAAUAUCUCAGAAGUCAGCCCUGAAAGAUGGUAGUGAGGAACCAGCCCUCGAUGACAGGCCUCAACUGCUACAACCACAUCGCAUCAUAUCUUUCAAUGCUUCUCAGUCCACAGACAAGGGGGGCAGCCCACUAUCAGACCCCUCAGACAUCAUCGGGGUCACCAUGGGAGACACAGCAGCGACAAGAGACCUGCCUCUGAAAAUGGAGGAGGACCAGAAGGACAUGAGCAGACUCCCAGCCAAAAGGUGGUUCCAGGCAGACAGGCGGUCACCCUUUAGGAAGGCAAGGGCGGAUGAGCAUGGGCCUCCUUCCUCAGAGAACUGUGAGGUCACGAAUCCUCCCCGUGACAGCAACUUCCCAGAUUCUGACUUAACCAAAGGUGAGGUGGAGGUGCCUAGACCAAACAAAAAAUGUAAAUGCAAACAUUGCCUUAAGAUCUUUAGAUCAACGUCCGGUCUUCAUCACCAUGUUAACAUGUGCCAUAACCCAGAGAAGCCCUAUGCUUGUGACAUCUGUCACAAGAGGUUCCAUACCAAUUCCAAAGUGUGGACACACUGUCAGACCCAACACAGCAUAGUGAACAACCCAUCACCAGCCUGUAGCUCCCAUGUGAAUUUGGAUGAGAAAUUCCACAGAAAGGUGGUUGAUAGAGUAAGAGAGAGGGAGUUUAAAAAGGCCCUGAUCAUUAAGCUGAGGUGCAGCAAACCUGGCUUCCAGAGCCAGAGAAGCUGCCUAGCACAGCAAGUCAUCAAGAAGAACUUGUGCUCCCAAGCCAAAGGGGCCUACAUUUGUACUUACUGUGGAAAGGCCAACUGCUUUCUCUCUCAGUUUAAGCAGCACCUGAAAAUGCACCCAGGAUUCAAGCCCUCCUUCAGCAUCUGGCAGCACCAAGUGGAAGUGCACAACCAGAACAGCAUGGCCUCCACUAAGAACGUCUCCCUGCCCACCCUGGACCACAGUGGUGAAGCUGCAGCUGCCUCCAGGACCCAGGCCCAGGUGGAGCCUAGUAAGGUCAACCAUGUGGCCAUGCCAAAUGAGGACACCAUGUUCAGCGACUCUUCGGAGCAAGUAAAGUUUGAUUCAGAGGACUCCUCCUGCCUGCCUGAAAACCUGAGCCUUUCAAAGCAGCUCAGAAUCCACGUCAAAGAGAAACCAGUGGAAGAGGCUGAGGAGGAGGCACCUGAGGCCAGCGUGGCUCCCAAGGAGGCCUCCCCCAGCAAGGAGGCUGGCCCGUGGCCUUGUGAGAAAUGCGGGAAGAUGUUUAGGGUGCACAAGCAGCUGGAGUGGCACCAGGAGCUGCUGUGCCCUGUGAAGCCCAUCAUCUGCCAAGUGUGCCACAAAGCCUUCCACACCAACUUCCAGCUCUGGAGUCACUUCCAGUCGCACAAGUCUCAGGCCACAGAGGAUCCUGCUCAGAAAGAGGAAGAGGUGUGCCCUGUGCCCACAAACUCCCCCUCCUCCCCUUCUCUGCCACCACCACCACCCUUGCCCACGAUCCGGCCACUGGAGCCUGACAGCCCCACAGGUCUGCCGGAAAAUCCCACCCCUGCUACAGACAAACUAUUCGCACCCCAGGACACCCUCUUCUACCAUGCCCCUCCCCUUUCCGCGAUCACACUUAAAAGAGAGUUUAUGUGCAAACGCUGCUAUAGGACAUUCAAGACCGCCUUCAGUCUUUGGAGUCACGAACAGACACACAAUUAAAGGACUGAUUCUUCUCAACUGUCAAGAAACAGCAGGCCCACAGCCUGUGAACUAUGUCCUAAGAAAGAACAAUUUUUAAUAAAGAAUAAUAAAGAUUG